AUGCCUACGUUUGAUGAAAUCUUCUCAGUUUUAAAGGAAUUCUUACCUCUGAUCACUGCAGGAGGAGUCGCUGCUUUAGCUGCUGGUUUGAUACCUCGUAUUAGCCCUGGUAGAGCAGUCUGGAUUGCGCUGCGUUCUCGUUUCGCUUUCAAGCCAGUACCAGAGUCGAUUCGCUUUGAAGAAGCCAAACUACUCAAAAGUAGACUAGCCGACAAGGAUUUUGGUCAAGGCUACUUGGUUGUAAUUGGCGAAAAGGGUGUUGGAAAGUCAUGUUUGCUCAGUACAGUCACCAGCAAGAUGCCAGGUGUGAUUACUGUGGAAGCUCAACCAUCGGACAACGAAAACACCAUCAUCAAGAACACACUACAACAAUUGACAAAUCCCCUGUUCAAAUCUAUGAAUCCACUCGAAAUGGCACCACGAGUAAUAUUCUGGUACCGCUUCUUCACCCUUGGACGCUCUCCUAUUGUUAUCAUCAACGCUGCUGAACGAAGGGUUGGUCAAGAAUAUGCUGGUCUUGCAGGCGCUGUUCGAACUUUGGUUGACAAUUACAAGCUCCGUGUGGUUGUUGAUGGUUCGCCAAACUCUCUUGAUGAAACGCUUUUGCGAACGAAACGUCAAAGUGUAUUUGAUAUCAAGCCAAUGACAAAGGAAAUGAUUUGGCAGCUUGAACAACUCCAAGAUUUGUUCAAAUAUGUCAAAGAAGCUGGUUGUGAUGACACUGUCUUUGCUGUGCUUGGUGGGAUUCCCGCUGAAUACGAAGGACUUUGGGAGAAUGUCAAGACUGAUCUACAGGAUGGCCAAGAUGCAAGAGAAGCCAUUGGUACUCACUUGUGUGCUGAGAUCUCUGCUGCAAUCAAACUUGUCAUGGAUGCUCAGGAUAUGGACGAAAUUAUCAAGUUACUUGACAAGGACAGCAAUAUCAUACCCAGUCAUCUUUUGAAAGACAAGAAAUUGAAAAGACCCAUUUCUGACAAGAUCUUUCAUGAAGUAAAGCAAGAUCGUGUCUUUGUUCUCAUUCCUGCUUCCAAUACAAUUGGCAUUGUGCUCCAGCACAGUCUUAGAAAGGAACCCACAUUGAGUGAACUCGAAGAGUUGCUCAAGACUAGGAUGUGA